CUCAUGGACGCGUCUGUCUUUGGUAAGAUCCGAAAAGUCCACCCAGCGCACAUGCAUCGCCUGGUAGACGAUCUGCGGCUUUCUCCAACAGCCGCGGUGAUCAAAGACAAUCGCGGGGACUCCUUUAGCUCCAGCCUCGCUGAGGCCUUGGCCAAUACCACAAUCAAGAUUGACAGCUAG